CACAAUUAAAGUGUACAACUAGCUUUGAGUAUUUAUAAGUAAGUGUACACAGCUGACAUAGUAACUUGAAAUCAUGGCCUGUGAGCUGGGUAAAGCUAUACGACAAAAGGAGUUUUACCACUCCGAAGAUUAUGGAUUCACAAACCACGGUGCAUGGGGAACUGUACCUCGGAGAGUGUUGGACGUCCAGAAGAGAUAUCUUGAAGAAGUAGAGCAGAAUGUUGACCAUUGGUUUAGAAGAAGUUCUGAUAAAUACGUCAAUGCAGCCAAACAGGCCGCAGCUGACUUCCUGGGUGCAAAUGUGGCAAAUAUUAACUUUGUGGAAAAUGCAACUCGAGGUUUGAACAGCAUUUUGAAGUCUAUCCCACUCUCACCAGGGGAUGCAAUAUUAGCUACAAACUUUACAUACAACGCAGUUGCAAAUGCUUGUAGAGCAGCAUCAGCCAAAAGUCAGGGUACAGAGGUGGUUGCUUUCAACAUAACAUUCCCGAUCUCCAGUAGGGAGGCAUUCAUAAAGAAUUACACAGAUUUCUUAGAUGCUCAUAAAAACAUUAAAGUUGCGGUAAUUGAUGUAAUCUCCAGCUUUCCAUCCAUGUUGCUUCCUUGGAAAGAGCUGACUGCGGCCUGUAGGGAGAGGGGGAUAUUGGCCUGUCUAGACGGAGCACACGUCCCUGGUCAGCUACGAAUUGCUUUAGAAGAAUGUGGAGCCGACUUUUUCGUAGGAAAUCUUCACAAAUGGAGCUUCUGUCCACGUGGUUGUGCAGUUAUAUGGGUCCAUCAAGCUCACCAUCAUCUUGUCCGUCCAACUGUUACAUCACACAUUUAUGACAAAAAGCAACCAUUCCCAGGUGACUUCGACCUUCAAGGCACCAGAGACUUGACGGCCUAUGCAUGCGUGCCAGAUGCAAUCAAAUUCUAUCAUGAUAUUGCUGGAGGAUGGGAUGAGGUCCUGGCACAUAAUUGUAGCCUUGUGGAACGAUUCACUGAAGAUCUAGUCAACGCAUUUGGCACAAGUCAGCUGCAGAUCCCGGUUGAUAUGAGAAGCCCAUUUAUGAGGCACGUGAAACUACCAGAACUUCCCGGUUGGCAGGGAACGCAGGAUGAUGCUAUCAAGCUUAUGAAUACACUGUACGAAAAGGGGGUACUUGCAGCAGUUGAGUGUAUCGAGGAUGAACUGUGGUUAAGAAUAAGCGCCCAUGUCUACAAUACUCCAGAGGAUUAUGAACGACUUAAAAGUGUAGUGUUGGAAAUGGCAGAAAUAAAAUAGGUUGACUAGUCCUGAUAUUAGUCAAUGAUAUAAUUAAUAUAGAACCUGCCAAAUGGAACACUUCUGUAAGUGGAAC